AUGGUAGUCUACGCUCGCGUGGAACACAUCUCGGGUCAUAGCAAACUUUCGGAAGUGGCGAAGAAGGUGUCUCUGGUGUACUCCAUGAAGCGGUACAUGCAGAUGGAAGCCCACUUUCAAUCCCAAACCUGUUACCUAUGUUCCCGUCCUUAUACUUCCGACAAUGGGAAAGUGAUGGAUCACGAUCACAUCACUGGGAUGCAUCGUGGUCCAGCACAUUCGAAAUGUAAUAUCCUGUACCGUACCCCUCGUUUCCUUCCCGUCCUAUUUCACAACCUCGGCGGUUACGAUGCUCACUUCAUUGUCCGAGAGUUGGGACGAGGUUUGACUGAAGAAGAAAACAAAAACAUGCGGAUUGACGUCAUCCCGAACUCUGAGGAGAAAUACAUCUCCUUCGCAAUGACAGUGGAGACGAGUAAAUUCUUCCCCGCUGACCAUUUGGACCUCGUGAUCAGAAAAGGAGUGUACCCCUAUGAUUACGUGGACUCGUUCGAGAAACUUCGGGAGACGGUUCUGCCCCCGAAGGAAGCAUUUUAUAAUCAAUUGAAUGAAAUGCCCGUCUCGGACGAGGACUAUCAGCAUGCUCAAGCGGUAUGGGGCACGUUUAAUAUUAGAACCCUUGCCGCGUACAGUGAACUCUACCUCAAGGUAGAUGUUAUGCUCCUUUGCGAUAUCUUUGAAAAUUUCAGAGAUGCCUGUUUGGGAGCAUAUUCGCUGGACCCGGCUUGGUAUUACACCGCACCCGGACUCGCUUGGGAUGCCAUGCUGAAGUAUACGGGGAUACAAUUAGAUCUCUUGGCUGAUUAUGAUAUGGUCCUGAUGAUCGAGCGGGGUAUAAGGGGUGGCUUGUGCCAAUGCAGUCAUCGUUAUGGAAUAGCGAGCAAUAAAUAUCUUGACCCAGAUCGAGAUCCCCAGGAGGAAUCUUCAUAUAUCUCCUAUCUGGACGCAAACAACUUGUAUGGAUGGGCAAUGUCGAAAGUGCUUCCUUCUGGCGGUUUCGAAUGGGUCAAGAAUCCGGAAUCUGUAGAUUUUCUCAAUUUACCAAAAGACGGGCCUUUCGGCUACAUCGUUGAAGCCGAUAUAGAAUAUCCGGAACGGCUGCACGAUUUGCACAACGAUUUCCCUCUGUUGCCAGAGAAUAAAGUUCCACCCGGUGGAAAAUUCAAAAAGCUUUGGGCUUCACUGGACAACAGGGAAAAAUACGUUUUGCAUUUCAUCAACUUGCAACAGGCCAUGAGCUUACUACUAAAGUUAGUUCGAGUACAUCGAGCGCUCCUAUUCCGACAAUCUCAUUGGCUUCGUAGUUACAUUGAACUUAACACCAAACACCGACAACAAGCUACGAACGACUUCGACAAAGACUUCUUUAAGCUCAUGAACAAUGCCGUUUUCGGAAAGUUUAUGGAGGAUGUCCGAAAACGGUGUAAGAUUGAGCUUGUAGUAAAUCAACGACGACUAACAAAACUUACAGCUAAACCAACAUUCAAAGACAGGACAAUAUAUACAGAUUCGUUAGUGGCAGUACAUUCCGACUUUGAAAAGAUCGAAAUGAACAAACCUAUUUACGUAAGGAUGGCCAUUUUGGAUCUUUCCAAGACGGACGAUUUAUAUAAUGACAUGACAGAAUUUAUGGACGAACUGGAUACCUCUGACUACCCUAAUGGACAUCCGAUACACAGGUCGUAUAAUAAAAAGGUGUUGGGAAAAUUUAAGGACGAAGCCAAUAGAGUACCCGUCUCUGAGUUUGUCGGACUUCGUGCGAAGAUGUACUCGCUACGAAUUCCCGUCAAUAAAGUCAUCAAAAAGGCGAAAGGGAUAAAAAAAUCAGCUGUAGAAAAUAGAAUAACUUUCGAUGAUUACCUAGCUACACUGCGCGACGGAAAAGAGUUCAAGACGACGUUUCAAGUCGGUGAGGUAGCUUCGAAUUAUAUUAAAAAACUAGUCAACAAUGAUAUAAAAGAACUCGAUACGAUUUACGGUAUAGUCUACGACGGUCGAAGGUUUACCGUUGGAGAUACUGUUGUUUCAAUACAAAAAGACAUUAUUUCCGUGGGUGAGGUUGACUACUACGGCACGCCUGUCAUGAGACGUUGUGCUGACAACAACAAAAAGAAGAAAAAGAAGCUUCGGGUUAUCGAAACGCCAAAACAGAUUGGAAGUAGUGCGAUUAAAUUGUGCAACGAAGCAAAACGAUAUCAGCGGAUUAUACCUAAAACCAGAUUGAGUAAUUUCGAUCUAAUACUGCUGGCGAAAGUGCAUAAAGUGCGCACAUUUAGAGGUGUGUUUAUGAGAGACGAAUUUCCCAACAAACCGUGGAAAAACGAACGUACAAUUUUCAAUUUGGACAACAGUUACGGCAAAGGUACUCAUUGGGUCUGCUAUAAGAAAAUUUUACAAUUAGUUUACUACGUUGACAGUAGUUGA